AUGUCGCAGGUAAAGAACAAACCUCAUAAGGACUCGGAAAUGUUCGUGUUUGCACAAGAUUAUGGACUACCCCAUGAUCCAAAUAGAAUGGAGGCAGCCAAUGUUGAAGAUUGGAACUAUGGGAGAGGUAAUCCACCGAAUCCAAUAUCUGGCGUUGUUGAUAUAAGUCUGAGGCCAAAUAAUGCAACUGGUUUUGUUUUCAACACAUUUAUUUAUGUUAUGUUUAAGGGCGUCUCCCUUAUGUAUGUAUGUGAGUAA